UGAAGAAUGCGGUGGUUUAUUAGGGUGCAGCCAUCCAGGUAUCAGUUUUGUCGAAAUUUUACAAAUAAUUACUUUACAACUAGGUUUUAGAUUGUUUUACAUGUGAAACUUGUUAUAUAUAUAUAACUAUGAUAGCGAGACAAUACUGGAAAUCGGUUUUCGCAUCGAUAUUGCUUUUUGAGAUGACCGUGGUCAAUUGUAUAGAGUGCCAACAAGGAUAUGAAGUAACAACUACUUCGUCACAUGUAAGUGGUCUGAGAAGUAUAACCACAGGAAACUGCACAGAGUGGACAGGCUCAAAUCCCGUGUGUUUUCGGAUUGAAUCAUCUGCCAGUAUUUCAUUUAACGGGUUACCAAUCAGUGGAGAGGCCAUGUAUAGUGGAUGUCACCCUCGUAUCAACUGCACUGAACAAACUUGCGGCCAAUAUAAAAAACUAAUACUCCAAGAAUUGCAAGCGUCGAGCUUUGGCAGUAGUAUUUCAGACAUUGACAUCACAACGUGCUCUGUUGGAUGCUGCAACACCAACAAAUGCAAUGAAGAUUACAUUAACAUGAUGGAUCUACUGGGACCUGUGGUACUUACAACUACAGCUUUAGAGACAACCGACGCUGCAAAGUUUUCUACUGAAGGUUCCUUUAGCGUAAUAGAGGAUGCAUCAAAAACGCCGAUUUCGACACCAACGGCUGGACAGGAACAAACAACAUCCGGCACUGAUAUAAUUUCAUCUUCCUUUGUUCUCUAUAUAUUGGCUCUACUUUGCUUAAUAUGCUAAGUUUUGAAACAUUAAUUGACGUAUCUCACUUAUGCAAAGAGCGAGAAUAAUUGUGUAAACCCCGUCUACAUCUUUAGUUAUGAAAGACAUAUUCUAUUUGCAGAUCAUACUUAGUCUAGCAAAUGGUUAUUGUUCAAAUUUUACAAUCAUGGUUUGAGAAUAUUUAUUUUUUUGCAGUUUAGAUAACACUUAGCAAGAUGAAAUUUCAACACUUACGACUAAAAACUAGGCAGGUCACAAAUCUGAAUUGUAUGAUCUAAAUCAGGGGUGGCCAACCUGCUUUGACCGCGAUCGACUAAAAUCUUCAAAAUAGCUUGCGGUCGACUGACUGAUCGGUAAUGAGGUCAUACACAAAAACGAAUGGAUACUGAACACACAGAUAACUGCGGACACACAUACGAAACAUUUCACCACUAUCAAUAAACUCGGCUUUGUGGGCGCAUUUUUAAUGAAAUCGGCACAAAAUUUGUAUUUUAUUGUUCAAAUUAAACAUAUCGUUCAAAGUUUAAACGUAUUUCAUCCAUGCUACGCGAAGAUAUAGUUGUGGUUGUCCGUAUCUUUCAUAAUUUAUUCCGAACAUGGUAUCAUAAAGUAUUAAUAAAUGGGAUCGUAACUUGUUCGGUUGACAAAGCCUUUGUAAUUUAGCGUUUUCCGUUCGUUGUCCCAAUAAAAACAAAUUUAUCCACCGUGUUGUAUUCAAAAGGGUACCAAAUACUUUAGGUUAAAAUAAGACGUAAUAAACAACAUAAUUUUUGGAAAUUUUGUUUCAUUAUGUGUUCGUGUGUAUUUUAACAUUAAGAAAUCUGAUGCGUCAUUUUAUAGCUUUUUACAAAGCUAUUUUUGGAAAAGCAAUCCGGGCUCCCGAAGUUUGCGAACCAAGAUGGCGGACAUCGGAACGUAACAUGGGUAACAGGUUAGGGUUAGGCGAUAAUUUUUUUCCAAUUUUCCUUAUUUUAGUCCUAUUAUCAGUUCGAAGACUAGCCAAGAGCC